GCUUGAAAUAAUACUAAAGGACCACCAUUGAGCAAUUUGGAUACAACUAAUGUGUGCUUUUGUAAAUCAGGUUCAAAUAAACUGGAUUUGACCUUAACCACUAACCCCUCAAAAAAGGCUGGCAGUCAUCACAGUGAAUGCCAUCCAAUUAUGUAUAAAAAUUGAUAUGAGUCCUCUCUUCCUGUGGAGAUGGCAGCCAUCACCUACUUGGCAUCAUGGCUACUCUCAGACCUCUGAUGAAGCCCAAGAUCAUUAAAAAAGGACCAAGAGGGGCACCUGGGUGGCUCAGGACCAAGAAAUUCAUCCAGCACCCGUCAGACCGAUACGUCAAAAUUAAGAGCGACUGGUGGAAGCCCAAAGACACUGACAAUAGGGUGCGCAGAAGAUUCAAGGGCCAGAUCUUGAUGCUCAGCAUUGGUUAUGGGAGCAACAAGAAAACAAAGCAUGUGCUGCCCAGUGGCUUCUGGAAGUUCCUAGUCCACACUGCCAAGGAGCUUGAAGGGCUGCUGAGGUGCAACAGAUCCUACCGAGCAGAGAUUGCUCACAAUGUCUCCUCCAAGAACCACAGACCCAUUGUGGAAAGAGCAGCCCAGCUGGCCAACGGAGUCACCAAUCCCAAUGCCAGGCUGUGCAGCAAAGAAAAUGAAUAGUUGGAUAGUUUAUGUGCACAUU